CUCUUCUGCACAGUCUGACGCUCUUCUGCACAGUCUGACGCUCUUCUGCACAGUCUGACGCUCUUCUGCACAGUCUGACGCUCUUCUGCACGACCUGACUGUUCUGCCCGAUCUGCCGCUCUUCUGCCCGAUCUGCCGCUCUUCUGCCCGAUCUGCCGCUCUUCUGCAGGAUGGAGAUGGAGAAGCUGAGUGAGUUGAGCCCCGGCCGCCCCGCCGCCUCCCGGCCCUGCACCCUGCUGCCCUGCGGCCGGAGCCUGCUCUGCCCCAACCCCGGGGGCGUCCUGUCCCCGGUCACCAGCCUGGCCUUCACCAUGAACCGGCUCACCGGCCUCGGGAGCCAGAAUGAAACCCCGAAGAGAAAGCGUUCGAUGUCGUCCCUGAGCCGCUCCUCCUCCGCCGACUCCUCGGACUCCGGCCUAUGUUUGGAUUACCCCAGCCCUGUGGAGCCAGAGGCACCCCCGGAGAGCUUUGAGAGAUCUAUUUUUGACAGCGGAGCCCUAAGCAAUGACUUUAAGCCACCGAUCAGAAGAAAGUCGCUGCCGGUGACGCUCCUCCGUGGAAGCUCCGUCCUGAGAAGAUUGUCCAGUGCGUCGGACCUGGAUGUCUCCAGCCCCAUUCACUGCCUCCCCGCAGCCAAAGACAACAAGGAGAACGAAGUCUUUUUAUUCAAAAGGCCGUUCUUGUGUCCGGUGUCCAGGAUUCGGAUUCGUAGUGAUGAGACCUACAAGUCGAGGCCGAACUCUGCCCCCGCCCUCAUGUUCUCCCCCGAGAGGAUUGAGUAUGACUUGGACUCUGAAAGCCCUGUGCGUUUACGCAAGUCCUCCCUGACCUUCUCUCUGAAUGAUGAUGACGAUGACGGCUUCAUGGAGAUCAUGGAUGACGAAGAUGUGAAGGGCGAAUCAAAUCUUCCAACGGGGAUGGAGAACCUGCUGACCGGCCCCCUGAAGAAGGACGAGAAGCAGGAGGAGGAUUUGGUUAUAAGGAGUAAAUGCCGCCGCCUCUUCCGCUCGCCAUCGAUGCCAAGCAGCAUCAUCCGACCAAUCCUGAAACGCUUGGACAGACCAGACGAUGACGGCACUCCGGUUAAAACGAAGCGGCAUAAAAAUGUGUCGACGGACAAGGUGGAGCCUGAGGUGGUGGAGCCUAAAAUGAAGUUGGGACGUUCCAAGUCUCUUUGUGUUGAAACAGUUGAGAGGAUUCUAGACAGCGACCAAAGGGAUUUGAUUGGCGACUCCUCAAAGACUUACCUAUUGAGGACGGUGGAUGGUCAGCACCAAGAUCUGAAGUACAUUACCCCAGAAAUGAUGAAUGACGUGCUGGAAGGAAAAUACAAGGAUCACAUCGAUCGCUGCGUCAUUGUAGACUGCCGCUACCCCUACGAAUACGAUGGUGGGCACAUCAGGGGGGCAGUGAAUCUCCCGAUGGAACUCGACGUGGAAGAGUUCCUUCUUAGGAAACCGAUUGUGCCGAGCAGCAAGGAUAAGAGGGUCAUCAUCAUCUUCCAUUGUGAAUACUCCUCCGAGAGAGGCCCCCGCAUGUGCCGUUUUGUUAGGAAGCGGGACAGGAACAGCAAUGAGUACCCGAAGCUUCAUUACCCCGAGCUGUAUGUGCUGAAGGGCGGCUACAGAGACUUCUUCCCCAGCAACCAGAUCCUCUGCGAGCCGCAGUCUUACCGCUCCAUGUAUCACAAAGACUAUAAGGAGCACCUGAAGCUCUUCCGUACCAAGAGCAAGCGGGACAUCUACAGGCAGCAGAUGAAGUUAUAAGUCCGCAGAGUCUGGAAAUCCAUCUCGAGAAGGCCUCGUCCCGCGGUCGGAAUUGUACGCGGAACCUACGACCAGACGCCGGCCCCUGGCUCGUCUGUGGAGUCUUCUGUUGUGGACAUUUAGACGGGGGGUAAUCUCGUGCUAAAGAGAACGGACCCCCCAGGCUGAAUCUCGUGAUGGGUCCACCACCUCGUAUGGGAAGCGUUAGACCUAGACACCGCCUACGGUGUCCUGCAGGGACCAGACAAUGUCUCCCCUGUCACCAGAAGGACGUCUUCUGACCUGUGUUUGUGUUGUAUAUGUGUAUACUUGUUGCACGUGCACUUUUAUGAUGUAUUUUAUGGCGGCGGUAGCCUCCUCCAAUCAAGCUCCAUGGGUUGGAGCAGCCCCCAGGCCGUCACUUUGUCCCUGACUGACAGCGAGGGGCGUUAUCCGAUUUUAUAGCUUAAGAUUUUAUAUCUCCCUCCUGCUUUACUUUCACUUUCUUUUAUAGAAUGUGGGCGGGGUUAUAUGUGUAUGUUUACAUAGGUCGUAAUCUGAGACUGAGGGCGGCCAUUUUGUGUCCUAAUCUAUGGGACAGAUGAGGCCACAUGACUGGUUUACCGUCGCAUAGUGGGCCGCAUCUAUAGGAUAGAUAUUCUGUAAAGUUUACCAAAAUGAGGUAUUUAUGGGAUGACGGAUUUAUCAUGACAUGCCCGAUAGGGCAGCUGAUAUCGGCGCAGUCAAUGAAGAGAAUUAUGCGGAGACGUCCACAUUUCAGUGUUCGGCUUACAGCGGUGUGAUGGUUUCUCAGAAAAAUUUGAUUUAUUGCGCCAAUAUAUAUAUAUUUUUUGGGUUAAUUUCCCUUUAAUAGAAGAAAUGGAGUCGUGGAAUAUUUAGUAUAAAUAGUUAAUCCUCAUCGCCGUGGCUCUGUAUGAAUCGCAUCAUAAAGCACUUCCUUUUUUUCUAAUUGCUUCAUUUU